GAGAUUAACUCGCUAAUCAUGACGAUGGGAAGGAUCAUAUUCUAUGAGGACCGGAACUUCCAGGGCCGCUCCUACGAGACAGGCAGCGACUGCCCCGAGCUGACCUCCUUCCUGACCAGGUGCAACUCCUGCCGUGUGGAGUGCGGCCUCUUCAUGGUCUAUGAGAAGCCCAACUUCACGGGCCAUCAGAUGCUGGCGAGGAGGGGCGAGUACCCAGACAACCAGCGCCUGAUGGGGACGAGUAUGAGCGACUGCAUCAAGUCCUGUCGCAUGAUCCCCACGCACAGGGGACCCUUCCGCAUGAGGAUCUAUGAGAAGGAGAACUUCGGUGGCCAGAUGCACGAGCUGAUGGACGACUGUGACAACACGAUGGAUCGUUUCCAGACGGCCGACUUCCAAUCCUGCAACGUGAUGGACGGCCACUGGCUGAUGUUCGAGCAGCCCAACUACAGAGGCCGGAUGCUGUACCUUCGGCCAGGAGAGCACAGGAACCUGCGAGAGCUGGGGAUGAGCAACAUGUCAAGGUUGAGCUCCAUCAGACGCAUCAUAGACUCCUGUUAA